CGGGACAAGGUGUCGUUUUGAAUUCAUUCAGUGCACCGAACCAUUGCACGCGACGGACGUACGGUUGGGAGGCAUGAAAAAGGAUGGAAUAGCGGAACCUCCGGGCAGAAGCGGGUAUGCGCACGUUUCGCAAAGGCCCGGACACGCAAAGCAUUGCCGAGAGGCGAGGGGUGCGGUGUGGAAGGACUUGUUGGCGGGAGGGAUAGCGGGAACGGUCGGCAUCGGGAUCGGACACCCGUUCGAUACCAUCAAGGUUCGUUUCCAGCAAGGGCACACACCACCGGAAGCAAAGCGUGCCGGGAUUCCCACGGCUCGGACCCCGCAGCCGUCUCCGUAUCGCGGGCUGUACCGGGGGCUCGGUGCGCCGCUGGCGACCGCCGCACUCGUCAACGCGAGUGUCUUUUGCGUCUACGGGGCAACCGCGAGGCAGUGGGACGAGCUCUUUGGGACCACCACCACGUGGGAGGAAUCCUCGACCGCAUCGGCAAUCGGCAGGGAGGCCUUUUGCGGUGGGGUCACGGGAUUCGCGACCUCUCUGCUGAUCUGUCCCAUAGAACUUGUCAAGGUCCAGCUCCAGACGCUGCGCCCACCGCGGCAGGGUUCCUUCCAGCCAUCCCCGCCGGGAACCCUUUCCGUCGCACGGCAGAUUUUGGGGAGCGAGCACGGCCUCCGCGGAUUGUACCGGGGGCUGCUCGCUACCGCGUUGCGCCAGACGCCUUCGCUCGCGAUCUAUUUUCCGGUGUAUCGGUCCCUAAAGGACCGAUUGGGCGGGACGGGGGGGACCCCAACCCGAGAGCCGUCCUGGUACUCAUCGGCACUGGCGGGCGGGCUGGCGGGGUGUGUAUCGUGGGCGGUGGUAUACCCGAUCGACGUUUUGAAGAGCCGAAUCCAAUCGCUACCGAUGGAAGCCCCCGCCCGGGAGCGGUCGCUCCGCCGUGUUGCCCGGCAGACCCUGCGAAACGAGGGCCUGGUGCGAUUGAUGUGCUCGGGCGGACUCGCCGUUACGCUCUUGCGGGCGUUUCCGGUGAACGGAGCGAUAUUCUUCGUCUACGAACUGGCAAGCGAGCGAUUGGCUCCGUUGGGCAACCCUCUGGGCAGUAAUGGCAAAUCCGUGAUCGGUGCGGAGACCAGCCUGGCAGCGGCUGGGAUUGGAGGUGCGAGCUCGAGGCUCCGGGGCAGAAUUACCAGCCAGGUAGAAUGCAGUGAAUUCAAUGCUACCGCCGAUGUAUGACACUAAGUGCAACAAAAAAGGUGUGGCAUAUAUUGUUGUAAACUAUUGAUAAAAAACUUGUAAUCAU